ACCCCUAUGCACUAAUGACAUGUGCGUAGAGGUGCUGUGAAGUGGACUGAGUACGGUGGUAUCGCUGGACGUAGCUUUACAUACAAUGGGUUGUAAUCAUAAACUAUUAGCGCGCCAGUAAAUGCUAUGUGCUUCGACACACUAAUGCCUUAUGAAUAGUCAUUUUGUUCAAUGCCCUUCAAUUUUACACUCCAAAACAACGUGUUUUGUUGGUUUUCCAUCUACUGGCGAUUCUAGAGAGUCAAAGGGAAUUCCCCGUGACGUUUCAUGAUGUCGUGGCCAAUCUGCAUGUGUCGCAACGUUUCCAAAUCGCAUAAAACAUAUUCGCUAUAGCUAUCACGUUUUAGCGCCUCUGUAAAGAAUCACUAAUGUAUUCCCUUUUGAUUUUUUUUUUUUUUUUGGCUCCGCCCCUGUCGCUUCGGCAGGGUCUCGCCGUUAAAGUUUAACCUGGCAUUUUAAGAAGUUUACAGCUAGGAGCAACACGAUGGGAGUCCUACCGCUCUGCUGAAAAGCAGAAGAGAAUUGUCAAGCUCUAAGGAUUUCACCACUCAGGUUACAAACUACCAGAAGACAGGAGGGAUGGUUAGAGAACAAAACCAUUGGGGUCAAAAUAAUCUGGUUUCAGAUAGUGCCGACUGAAGCACCUGGAAAAGCACUUUCAACGGGCCAAAUGUUGACUAUAGGCCAUAGUUUCCAGACCCUCAAUAGAGCAUGAGAGAGAGAGAGACAGAAUGAAAAUUAACAACCUUGUAAAACAUGGAAACAAAGUAUCCCUUUUUUAAAAAUACCUCAAGGACCCCCCCUGCCCCCCCAGGCUACUUUUCUGCUCUCCUGUUUGAGGCUGUGAGAGCCGCCUGUGACAUGGCAGUGCGAUCCUGGCUGUGGGCUCUGCUGCGAGGCCGCAAGACUCAGCUCCUUCUGGUCAACAUGCUGACCUGUGGCCUGGAGAUCUGCAUGGCUACCGGGACCAGCUGCGUGCCCCCCCUGCUUCUGGAGGCUGGGAUAGAGGAGCAGUUCAUGUCCAUGGUCCUGGGUGUGGGGCCAGUCCUUGGCUUGCUGUUUGUCCCGAUGAUCAGCUCGGCCAGUGACCGCUGGACCGGGCACUAUGGCCGGAGACGCCCCUUCAUCUGGUUGCUGUGCCUGGGGGUCCUGCUGAGCCUGAUUCUUAUCCCCCAUGCCUCGCUGCUGGCGGGCUGGCUGUCCGUGCAGAGCAAAGGGCUGGAGGUGGCUCUGCUGAUCACUGGGAUCUGCUUGCUGGAGUUCUGCGGGCUGGUGUGCUUCACCCUUCUGGAGGCCCUGGUGUCAGACUUGUUCCAGGAUGAGGAGGGGUGCCGGCAAGCCUUCGCCAUGCACUCCCUGAUGAUCAGCCUGGGCGGCUGCAUCGGCUACCUCCUCCCAGCUGUCGACUGGAAAAGCAUCCCCCUGGUGCCUUCCCUGGGCGGGCAGGAGACCUUCAUCUUUGUCCUGCUCACCCUCAUCCUCCUGUUCUGUGUGCUGGGCACAGCCUUUGUCUCUGAAGAGGUCUUCAAGAGCAGAGGGGAGUUUUCAGUGGUGGAGUCACGUUUUAAGUGCCGGUGCCCCUGCCUGCUGUCUUUCCGCCUGCGCCACCUGCUCUCUGCCCUGCGUAGCUGCUGUGCCCUCCUGCCCAGGCUGCGGCAGCUGUGCCACCGCGUGCCCAGGGUUAUCAGGCAGCUGUUUGUGGCGGAGCUGUGCAGCUGGAUGGCUCUCAUGACCUUCAUUCUGUUCUACACAGACUUCAUCGGAGAGGGUCUGUACAAGGGGGUGCCCAACGCUAAGCCGGGCAGCGCCGAGAGGCUGAGAUACGAUGAAGGGGUGCGGAUGGGCAGCCUGGGCCUCCUCCUGCAGUGUGCCACCUCGGCGAUGUUCUCUCUCUUCCUGGGCCAGCUGGUGAAGAAGCUGGGCCCCCGGGCCGUCUAUUUGAGCAGCGUGGCCUUCCUCACCUUCGCCACCCUGGUCAUGUCCCUGUCGCACAGCCUGGUCCUCAUCACAGCCAUGGCGGGCAUGACUGGCUACACCUUCUGCACCCUGCAGAUCCUGCCUUACACACUCGCUUCACUCUACCACAGCGAGCAACAGGUGUUUUUUUCCCAGCACAACACAACAGGAGCCACUGCUAAAGAAGAAGGCGGGCUGACCCACAAGCCUUCCUACACCAACGGGCACCCGGGGGGCAUGCCUGGACUUGGACUGCCACUCCCUGCCUCCCCGCUAGCUCUCCAUGUGCCUGUGCGCGGCGAUGGCACGGCACCCCCUGCUGGUCCGGGGAUUUGCCUGGACCUGGCCAUCCUGGACAGCGCGUUCAUGCUUUCCCAGGUGGUACCCUCCCUCUUCAUGGGCUCCAUCGUUCACUUCAGUCAGUGCGUGGCUGCCUACAUGGGCUGUGCCUCUGCCAUAGGGCUGGUGGCCAUCUAUGUCUCCACCAAAGUGGUCUUUGAGAAAAGUGACCUGUGCCGUAGCCCUGACCCGGCCCCUCUGAUAAUGCCCUGACGAAACUGAUUUGCACACAACACACUGGAGGCGACGCCUGUGCUGCUCUUCAGUUGAGUGCCUUGGGAUUUUUAUUGUGCACAGGACCAGCCUUGGUUUGACACAAGUGCCAUGCUGGGAUGUUGCAGUUCAAAGAGAAUCAAGUCUCCUACUGAGCCAGCAACACCUUUCCGUACACUCGCUCUACAGCACUAGGCGUUCUGUGAUCUGAUGACAGGACAAAGUCAAGUUGCCAAGACAUUUAUACAUGUCAAAGACUUUCUUUUUUUUUAAAUGAUGUUCAAGUGCCUUUAAAACAAUAUAUCUACCUGAUACCACGGCUGCCUCUUACCACAUGUGCUUGCAGGUGGAUGUUAGUUACAAUAUAUCAAAUAAAUGGAUGCAUGUUUCUAAAGUGGGUGAGGGGAGGUAUCAUUGAAAGACACUCUGCUCAAUGGGUUUUAAAUAGAUCUCUAUUUUUUCACUAUGACGUGUGUUAGAUAGAAAUGGAAAUAGCAUUAUUAUUUAUUCAAACUCUGAGUUCUUUUGUACCGUUUUAUUUGUGCAAUUUCAAGUUAGAAACUACAACAAGGGCCAGUCUGUGUGAAAUAAAUACCUGUGAAACGCACUUCCGUGGAGGCGUGCAAACUGGAGGGAACUCAAAACUCCGGUUUUGUUAAGUGUUGUUUUCCCUGCUUAUUGUGCUGUGAUGCCUGCUGUAAUCUGGUUUACACACUGUCUGGAUCCAGCGAGCAUGAGCGCUAUAGGAGACUGUGUUGAGUAGUGCUGCUCCAGGAGACAGCGUUUACAGUACUGUGCUUCACUCUUGGGUGAGGUGAAAAAGAAUGCAGCAAAAGAGUUUACAGAUGUU